AACGAUAAUAACAUAUAAAAAUAUUUUUUAAAUUCAAAUCUGAUUCAGCCAUCAUUAUUUAAACAUACUAUAAGUAUUUUUGUGUUGAGAAUUUAUGACAGCCUCCUUUUCCUCUCUUCUUUCUAUUAAAUUAUUAGGCUUUAUAACUAAAUCAAUUUCGCAUCACAUCUGCUACCUAUCAUGAUUAUUAAACGGCGUUCCGCGGCAGUGACAGAAAUUUAUAGUCACCUCAUUACCACCGUUUAGUGGUCGCUACCGUCUCGCGAUACGAGAUCAUUAAAAGCUCCUUCCAGAAACGCACGUGUUUGCCAAGAUCCGCCCAGUGGUUUGUGCGAUUGGUUGAUCUCGCAAUGACGUCGUGAGCACGUGGCUCUAGAAUACCGCCUCAAGAAACGAAGAAUUUGACUUGAGUGCCAAAAAAAUAUUGUUGGACACCGUGAGUAACCCCGACAAAACAGUCGCUGCUUUCGGCUCUAUCGGCUAAUCUUCCGAACACAUCAAGGGAUAUCAAUGUAACUAGAGAACUUUAUUGAUUCUUUUGAUUAUUGUCAAUAUCGUCGUUUUCUUAUGUUUGAUUUAUUUAAAAUGUAAAAUAAUAUAUUAACUGAGGAUGCUAUAGUGAAAAUAUCGUGCAAUCAAGUUUUCGUGAAAUUCUAUCAUCAUUUGACUGAUUCUUGGAAUGUCAAUUGAGUAGCGCAAGUCGGGUCUUUUUUUUUAAAGUGAGUGAUACUGAGAUUGAUAAAAAGAAUUUAAAAAUAUAAUUCUUGAAAAUUAAUCCAUCAGUGGAAAAACUACAAUAAUUGUAAUGGACGCAGAGUAUUCACUUGAGAAAAUCGAAGAGACAACUUUAUAGAUGUUAGUAGCAGAACAUUGUUUUGAUAAAACGCAUUGAAGAUGUCCGAUGAAGAGAUGAAGAAAUCAGAUUUGUCGAAGGAAACGAGCGAUUCUGUGGAAAAUCCGAGAUUAUGCUCCUUCAGCAUCGAGAGACUACUAGCACCGAAUAAGAUAGAUGAAGAGGAAAAAAAGUUCUCACAACAGACUGAUUUGUCUUUGCUUUGCCAAGAAAAUAAUGAAUUGGAGACGAGAAUGCUUGUUGCACCCGAUUCAUCCAUGUCAAUGGCGGAGGAAAUUGAGCUCGACGAUGCUGACAUAGUAUGCUCGACAUCUCCUGAGCCAGAGAUGUAUUAUGAAGCGUGCACCAGCAGUAGCGGCGCGAAUUCAACCACGAGCGCGGACAGAGAUGUCCAGGAGAAAGCCGUUGCCGCUAUAAGCGACGACGAAAGGAAGAAGAGGCCACGCACGGCGUUCACCGCCACGCAAAUUAAAUCCUUGGAAGCGGAAUUCGAAAGGAACAAGUACUUGAGUGUGGCAAAACGGCUGCAGUUGAGCAAAAAUUUAAAGCUCACGGAAACACAAAUAAAGAUAUGGUUCCAAAAUAGACGGACUAAAUGGAAAAGGAAAUACACUAAUGACGUCGAGCUAUUGGCGCAGCAAUACUAUUCGAGCUUAGGAAUUCCAGCACCACGACCAAUUUUUGUCGGUGAUCGCUUAUGGUUUUUCAAUUACCCGGGACAAUCGCCACCGGGAGUACCAUUGCUCCCGCAGCAUUUAACACCGUUGCCAUUACCUGCAUUACCUGUUGUUCAAUCAUUGCCCAGUAAUUUAUCGAUGAGACAACAAACAUCCAUUUUUCAAAACGUACCAACCAGUCAUCUUGCACAUCAUCUAACUCAGAGACUGGACUUCAGGCAUCAUGAUACUUAGUUUCCGGGUAAAUUAAUUUCCGGUGAAUAAUUAUCGGUGACCAGUCAUAUAAAACUAAUUAAUUAUAAUUCGUUACGUCGCGUAUGUGCACGAGGCUAUGAAAUCGGACUUGUUUGCCAGCGAUAACGAUCGCUAUAAUUAACGUACUUUUUUGUGUAUCGCGUACCAUAUCAAAGUACCGAUCUAACGCAUAGCUGUCAUUAUUUUUUAUCAAGUUAAUAUGAAAUGGAUUUUUAUCAAACACAUUAUUAUUUAUUUAUGAAUAUUUUUUGUUGGCUUCAAAAUUAAUUAAAAAAUUAUAAUUAGUGAAUGUUAAUAUACUUGAAAUAUAUACAAGAGAAAUGACGUUCUCCAGCAAUCCAAAUACAUUUGUAGAAACAAGUAAAUUCAAGUUUAUUAGUUUACAUAUAUGUAUACAUUGCAACAUUGAUAAUUUAGUGUUUGUGUCGAGAACGAAAAUAAAGACGUUUGCCAAA